AUGUUCCCCAAAUCCGCCCUUGCGGUGGUCGUGCUUGCUGGCUCAGCAGCUGCCAAAACAUGCAUCAACAUGACCGUCCCGGUCACAAUCUCUGCCCGCACCGCUGUCUUCAAUAUCACCGUGCCACAGACCAACCUCGAUGCCACUACUUUCGCCCAAAACCAAACCCAGCAGGGCAGAAACUUCACUGAAACCGUACUUUCGGGCUACGCGACAACGGCAGGCACCUACGACAUCAGCACCCAGUUCUGUAUGCCUAGCAGCAUGAAUGCGACUAUGACCAAGCCAACCGUUCAGAUCCUCACCCACGGAAUCGGCUUUGACAAGACAUAUUGGGAUCUCUCUUACGACAACUUCAACUACAGCUACGUCGAUGUUGCUACCGACGUAUACAAGUACUGCACACUCUCCUACGACCGCUUGGGCAUCGGCAACUCCUCCCACGGCGAGCCUGUGGAUGAGAUCCAAGCGUCUUUAGAAAUGGCAGCCUUGUUUGAACUGACAAUGAUGUUGCGCAAUGGUACAUUCCCAGGCGUCAAACAGACAUUCGGCAAAGUCACACACGUUGGUCACUCCUUCGGCUCUGCCCAGACUUAUGCCCUUGUCAAUAUGUACCCCACCAUCUCCGACGGCAUCGUCCUGACCGGCUUCUCGAUGAACGCUUCCUUCGUCAGCUACUUUGAGGCCGGGUCCAACUUUGAGCAAGCGUACCUCAACCAGCCAUUCCGCCUCGGCAAUGUCUCUUCAUCUGCUGUGGAGUCUGUCCUCAACACCAAUAUUUCGUCAUCUACUGUUGAGUCUGUUCUCAAAAUGUAUAGCUUGACGGACUACGUUGUGGGACUAAAUUCCUCUUCACCAAGUCUGAACUACCCUGCGGGCUACUUGACAAACGCGAACAUUGGCGCCAACCAGUAUCUCUUCUUCCUGCCUGGCUUCUUUGAUCCUGGUCUCUUGCUCGUGGCCGAGAACACGAAGCAGCCUGUCACUGUCGGCGAGCUGUUGACAUUGGGUAGUCCGCCGAUGAUGAACGCCUUCGCUGGGCCAGUGCUGAUUGUUACCGGGUCGAACGACCUGCCAUACUGCGGAGGCAACUGUUUUGCCACCGGCAAUGCAUCUCUUCCCUCGAUCCCAGCAGCAGCGGCCAUGAACUUCCCCAUGGUGCCAUCCGGUGAUUUCACAGCGUACAUCCAGCCCAACUCGGGCCACGGCAUAAACUUGCACUACAACGCCACCGGCGCGUAUGACGUGAUCCAGACGUUCUUGCAAUCGAAGGGCUUGUGA